AUGUAUUCAUCGUUAACAGUUGUAAGUUUGGUGUUAAGUUUGAUUUUACUAUGUGAUUCUGAAAGAAUUUUAGUAGUAGUUCCAACUCCAUCGAUAAGUCAUCAGGUAGUAUUCCGACCACUGACGCAAGAAUUGGCUAGACGUGGUCAUGAAGUGGUAGUUCUCACUGCGGAUCCUGCUUUCCCUAAAGGACAAAAUCCUGCCAACCUUACAGAAAUCGACGUUCAUGAUAUAUCAUAUGAACGUUGGAUCAAUGGGAUUAAACAACACGCAGAAGGAAACGGUUUAAAUAAUAAUCAUUAUAAAUUAAUUAAAUCAAUGUUAAAAUUACUACCUUCUAUAUUUGAAAUAGAAAUGAAUAAUACUGAAUUCCGUAAGGUUAUAUCUGAAGAUAGAAAAUUCGACUUAGUCAUACUUGAGGCUUGUAUGCGACCUACUCUUGUACUUCCCUACAUUUUAAAGACACCUGCCAUUGCUAUGAGUUCUUUUGGAGCUAUGAUGGGUCACUAUAACACAUUUGGAGUACCGUCUCAUCCCAUGCUAUAUCCGAUUCCGAUUCGGCAAAGACUAUAUAAUCUUACUCUGUGGGAGAAAGUGACAGAACUGUACAACCAUUUUUAUUUGGAAUAUAUUUUUGAUCACAAUGAGCACAUUGAGAACGAAGUUGUAAGAAGGGUGUUUGGUUCUGAUAUACCUCCAUUAAUUAUGGUAAUAGCAGAAUAUAACAAUAGGCUGACGUCACACAACGUCGUGAUGUGCUUAUUCCAAAUUGGGUCUUAUUUGAGGCUAUUCAAAGCUGGAGUGAAUAGGCAUUUUACUGGACAAACGCUUAACAUUAACGGCCACGUCACCGCUUAA